GGCGCAGGAGGGGGUGGUGAGAGAGGGAGAGAGAGAGAAUAUAGGACGGGCAUCAGACGGAGGUUUGGCUGCAGACUGGUCGGGAUCCCUUUCGCCGCCUCGGUCAAUUCAGACGCAUCAGAAGAGAGUCACUGAAGACGUUCAGCAUCACGACAGAAGGAAGGGAAAGUGCAAAGGACCAAGACACCCAGAGAUCCCAGGCUUGGUGGCUACAUGCUCAGUUCUCUUUGGUUUUGAGAUAAACAACUACACGAAUCAGCAGGAAUCAUGGAUUUUGUAAUGAAGCAAGCUUUAGGUGGGGCCACCAAAGACAUGGGUAAGAUGCUGGGUGGGGAGGAGGAGAAGAAGGACCCAGAUGCUGCCAAAAAGGAGGAGGAGCGGCAGGAGGCGCUGAGGCAGCAGGAAGAGGAGAGGAAGGCCAAACACACCCGCAUGGAAGCCGACAGGGAAAAAGUACGGCAGACCAUCAGGGACAAGUAUGGGCUGAAGAAGAAGGAGGAGAAGGAGGCGGAGGAGAAAGCGGCCAUGGAGCAGGCCUGUGAGGGGUCCCUGACACGCCCGAAGAAGGCGAUCCCGAGGGGAUGCGGAGACGACGACGAAGAGGACGAGGAGAGCAUCCUUGACACUGUCCUCAAGUUUCUGCCCGGACCUCUACAGGACAUGUUUAAGAAGUAAAAAAAACAACUACUAAUAAUCAAACGAACCCUAAAUUCAGGGUCCAGUCUGGCCUGGGCUAGGCUGCGGGGCAAAGGGAGGCGGGGAUCUUUCUGUCAGGGACUUCGGGUUGAAUGAACUUGCAGGAGAGACUGGGGGAAUUGGUUUGAGUGUAGAUUUAGGGCAUGUAGAAGUGGAAAGGAUUCGGGAGGGGGGUUCUUGCCAAACUGUUAGAGGCUACACACUGCCUUUCUAGAAAUUGUUUACUUUGUUCUUUUGUACUCCUCGACGAUUGCGUCAUUCUUCCUCCCUUUUAUUUGCCACAACUGCCGUACAACCUUUCAACUGCCACUUAGCACAUUUCUUACAACUACUAGUCUGUAUGUCCUUUUCUCGUUGCAAUUUUUUUACACCUAUUAAGAUCAGAACUUUUGAUUGGUUGGCCAUCAUCUGUUGCUAGACAAUGGUGACCAAUGGAGAACAGUUUUCCCCAAAAGAAGGACAGUUGACAGUCCUGUUCUCAUGCUUCUGUGGUUUUUCAAAUGGCACUGCCACCAUGUUAUCCAGUAGAUGGAGCAUGUCGUGUUUACUUCAGUGGGUGUUUUCUACUUUUAUGAACUUCGUGUAGGUCUUUAUAUUGAAAAAAAAAGAAAAGAUCAAUCAGCAUUUGAGUUUUUAGGACAUGUGCCUUCAUACCAUCUCCUCUAGCAGAGGAAUUGUAAAUGAGGGUUUCAUUUUGAGUCAGACAGGCGUACAGUUGUUGGUAGCAUGUAGGCAUGCGUUCAAAGUUACAACAUCGGACACUUUUGGAAUAAUGUAUUUGAUAUAAAGUUGGCGUAUUUUGGGGUUUCCAGAAGCCAUUGUUCAAACUACUUCUGGAAAUCCCGGACCACGUUUUGAAGGCCUAACAGUCCACAAACUUAUUUAAAAACAUAAUUCUACAAGGCUACAAGCUUCCGAAGAACUGUUUGCUGAAGAAAACGUUUUAUUUCCCUCCUACUUCCACCUCUACUUUUACAAAAGCUAGACCUUCUAAGCCUGUCAGCUAGUUAGACUGCCAUCAUGCUAGAGAAAUAAAAUGUAAGAUCUUAAAACGUGUCAAGACCUCAUGUCAAUAUGUGGAUUUUUAAUCACAAGGAUUCUGGAAUAGAUUUUUAUUUAGCUCAAGAUAUCAUCCAUACAAGACUCUUUUUAACUUGUUUGAAUCCCAUUUAUUUACCUCCAGAAAUUACAUAUUUGCACACAGCUUAAAGUCAUCAUGAUUUUAGUUAGUGUGGUCCCCAAAGACAAUCAAAGCGAUGACCAGUGGGGGUGAUGACCAGUGGGGGCAGCUGGUACUGUACAUGUUGUCAUUUCCUGUCACACCAUCUAUGAUUGGUUAAAAGUGGGUUCUACAUUAAGCACUUGAAUAACUGAUUGCUAUUAAGUGUCUCUUAAUUGAAACUAUCAAUCCGUGUUUUAUUUGUUCUUCUUCACACAUGAAUGCAAAUGCCAAAUGUCAUGCGAAUGACUUUGACUAUUACAUUUUGUGAAUGUGCUGCCAAUUUUUUCCAAUGCAAUCGUUGAAUUGUGAUUUCAUUCACAUUGCAGCUGAUCUAACCUUUGUCCUCAUCUUUUUAAAUGCAUAAGUUUACCUUGAUCAAAGUUCAUCAACAUCGAGACCAAAGAAAUACUGGUGAGACCUUACUAUUUCUUUUGUCAUGCCGAAAACAAAAGAUGCGCAUGCCAAACCUGGUUUUUAUUGUACGUGCGAGGCGUGUGCAUGCAUCCCAAAGACCACCACUUAAUUAAAAUGGUACUCUCCAAUUUCCUCAAAUUAUUAUUUUGAUUCCGUGGCUAAAUAAAACACAUUUCAUCUGUAGACUGAACCUGAGAAAACUGGUUUGUGAGUUGCCGCAUCUCACUAACUUAGAGUCUGAGUAUACUCUGCAUCCUGUAUCUUUAAAUCCAACGAAAUAUCAUAGUGAAUUGUCAUAUAGCAAGUAGAUGUACUGUAAAUGGAAACAAUCUCUAUUUAGUAAAACUACCUAAACAUAUAGACAUUUAUCAAUAAAACAAAGCAUGUGGGUUAUUCCUAAAUUAUCUGGUUGCUUUUCAGUGGUUAGUAAUGCAACAGUGUAUGAUUAAUACAUUGUUCCACGAGUUUGUAACUUAAAAUAACUUUAAGGAUUAAUAAGACUAAUGAUGAAGUUGUCAUAAGCACUAUAAAAACAUUUUUUUUUUCAUUUUCUAGCUCAGAUAGGACUUUUCACUAGACAAAGCCAUAUUGUUUAGAUCGCAAUAAUUGCAACAUUGAAAGUUUACUCUCUCAUGUUUGUUUUCUGUAAAAAAAAAAAAAAUCUGCAUAACUGUUUGUAAAUCCUCACCAUU